ACAGACCUCCUCCUCCCCGGGAAGAACCAUCCAGAACCCGCAGAGUACACACUCCUCUGCUGGAACCUUCCACGACCCCACGGUGCAACCUUAACCGCGGGAGGAGCCCUGUCACCGGGCUUAUCAUAGCAUAUGCGGUGUAACCCCGGAGGAGACAGCUUGCUCUGGGCUGCAGCUGAAGCCGAGCGAGUUUACAGAAGACCCGGGGAAGUUUGGAGGCUAACGGGCUAAGCUAAUCUUAAGCUAACGUUAAACUAAAGCUACAGCGGAGAGUCUUCGUGUCAGAACCCGAGGAGGUGACAGGAAAGCGGGUUAGACUUUGGAAAGACUGUGCUCUGUGCUAACAGGCUAAGCUAAAGCUAUUACAGUCAUUCCAGAUAAGAAUAAUUUGGGUAAACAUCGAACAUUUUAUUUGGACACCUUUCUCUGGGACUGGAGAGUUACCGGGCUUUCCCAAAACUACAGCGGGGAUUCUGGAGCUGACCACUGGUGGAGGGUGCGUCUGACUGGGGCUGACUUCAGAGGAAUGUCCGUUAUUUGUUGGUGUUAAGACCCACCCGAGUGACCCUCACCCCGUGUGACCCUCAUCCCCGUGUCUGUCCCCGAGAGUCCGGCUGUACCGGGAGCAUGUUCGGCUGUAUCGUAGCGGGCCGGCUCGUUCAGACGGACCCUGUGCCAGUGGCCUCGGAUAAGUUCGUGUUUAAUUUACCGGACUUUGAGCAGGUGAACCACGUGGUGGUGUUCAUGCUGGGCACGAUGCCAUUUCCCGCUGGCAUGGGCGGGGCGGUGUACUUCUCUUUCCCGGACCCUGCAAGCGGUGGAGCGGUGUGGCAGCUGCUCGGCUUUAUCACCAACGACAAGCCCAGCGCCAUCUUCAAGAUCUCCGGCCUCAAACCCGGGGAGGGAGGGACGCACCCUUUCGGCUUCAUGGCGCCGACCGCCUCCGCCACCGUGGCCCAGGUGGGUGUGUCGGUGGAGCCCUUGGACCAGCUCGCUCAGCAGAGUCCUGUCUCCUCCGCAGCUGUCUCCUCUGUGGACUCCUUCCUCCAGUUCACACAGAAGAUGUUGGACAGUUUGUACAACUUUGCAGCGUCGUUUGCGGUGACACAGGCCCAGAUGACCCCUAACCCCUUGGAGAGCUUCGUCCCCUCUAGCUGCCUCCUGCGCUGGUACGAGAACUUCCAGAGACGCCUGGCACAGAAUCCAAACUUUUGGAAGAACUGAACCAGAGCUUGGACCAAAGACCAGAAUGUGCCUGCACUGGAGAAUGCUGUAAAAAUGACUUGAAUGGAUAUAUGCAUCAUGCUGGUGGAGGGGGGGUGUUCGGAAUGUAUGUGUAUGGAAGAAUGUUCAUCAGUUACCAUGGUGACACAAUGCAUACAUUUGCAAACGCAGCCUAAAAGUUUUAAGUCUGAAAACUCAAGAAAAAAUACAAAAUGAAUUUAAAUAACACAUUUUCCUUAGCGUUUUAUCAAUUGUUCAUGGUCCAUUUUAGGUGUUUGAUUUUCAACAAAAAGUUGAGAGUGACUAACAGAAGGUGUAAUGCAAAGUAUCAGUAGUAAAUAUUCAACACGAUUUAUUAUUGGUUAAUUUCUGUAGCUGCAGAAGUGUUGUUGCUCACACCACCAACUGAUGAGAAUAUAUGAACAAUGCACUAUGGCUGGGUAAUGUUACAAAACCAGCUUUCUAUAUUGCCGGUAAACAAAACGAUACAGACUUUUAAUGAGUGCCAAAAAUAGUCUAAUUUCUUCCUCCUUUGACUUCUGACUGUCCAAUCCAUCAUCUUUUCCUGGCAGGACUCGCUGUUCACAUCCGCAUAAAAACACCCAGUCUUUAAAAUUCCAUUUGUCCAAUUAUCCAGCCCUUUAUUAGAUUUGAAUGCUCAGUGGUUAAUAGUUAUUUGCGUAUUUGAUUUAAAGACAGCUGUGACUGGAUUUGAAUAAUUAAAAAAGAAAUAUAUUUUUGCAUUAUCCAAAGAUGCAAUUUGUGAUAUUUAUUUUGUGUUAAUUCUCUUACACAAUUGGCCAAUGAUGUAUUUUAAAAAGACAGAUUUGUUCAGCUCUAAAAUAAUGAAAUGAAAAACAAAAGAAAAAUCUAUCUAUCUAAAUAUUUUCAGUUCUUGUGAUGGUUCUAGUGCUGUUUUCAUGGCUCGUUGGACUUCAGUGUGGAGCUUGCAGAGGGUCAGAACAUAGACAGUGAACUUAAACCUAAUACACAACCAGAUGCCAAACUCCAGUGUGGGGCAUUUGAACACGUCUGGACUCAAAAUCACAUCAAACUUUUAGGAGGACUGUAACCUGGAUUUACCUGAUGUGAUGUCAGUGAGUUGUUGGACAUUUGCUUGGUGACUUUCCUUAUCAUGUUGGCACUUGUUUGAAAUGCUGCGCUUUGAAGGAUUAUUACACUGAUAUGUAAAAUAAAAGAAAACAUGAUUUAUAAA